AUGGGGCGGGGCGCGGGAGCCAAGCUGCUUCUGCUGCUGUGGGCGACGUGCUUCGGGCGUGCAAGAGCAGAUGCGUUGAGCGGCUACACAUUGGUCAUCGAGGUGACCAACGGGGGGCCCUGGGGCAACUGGGCCUGGCCAGAGAUGUGUUCUGACGGAUUCUUCGCCAGCAGUUUCUCGCUCAAGGUGGAGCCCUCCCAAGGCAGUCCUGGCGACGACACAGCUCUGAACGGAAUCCGGCUGCACUGCGUGCGCGGGAAUGCGGAGCUCAACACGCACGUGGUAGAGUCCCAGUCUGGAAGGUGGGGCGCGUGGAGUGAGCCGCUGUGGUGUCCCGGCGGCGGCUUCCUGGUGGCUUUCUCGCUUCGCGUGGAGGCACCCGUGACCCCCGGGGACAACACGGCUGCGAACAAUGUGCGCUUCCGCUGCUCCGACAGCACGGAGCUGCAGGGGCCCGGUCUGUCCUGGGGAGACUUUGGAAACCGGAGUGAGCCUUGCCCUAAAGGAGUGUGCGGCUUGCAGACCAAGAUAUAGCAGCCUAGAGGCCUCCGCGAUGACACCGCUCUUAACGACGCGCGCUUUUUCUGCUGCCGCAGUUGA